UUCUCUUCCCUCUCUCAGAUUCCUUCGCUAGAAACCGCACCAAAAACUUCCACCACCUUUUCUCCUCUCUCUCCGUCGUCGCGAUUUUUGAUCUCUGCAGAUUUCAACUUCUUCUCUUUCCUCGUGUUCUGCUCGCUCUGCUGGUUUAUACUGCUAAGUUAUGGCGGAAGGAGAAGAUAUUCAGCCACUUGUCGUCGAUAAUGGAACAGGGAUGGUCAAGGCUGGGUUUGCUGGUGAUGAUGCUCCAAGGGCUGUCUUCCCGAGCAUUGUCGGUCGUCCGAGGCAUGCCGGUGUGAUGGUCGGAAUGGGACAGAAAGAUGCAUACGUCGGUGACGAGGCACAGUCCAAAAGAGGUAUUCUUACCCUAAAGUAUCCCAUCGAACAUGGGAUUGUCAGCAAUUGGGAUGACAUGGAGAAGAUCUGGCAUCAUACCUUCUAUAAUGAGCUUCGUGUUGCUCCCGAAGAACACCCUGUUCUCCUUACCGAAGCUCCUCUCAACCCUAAAGCUAAUAGGGAGAAGAUGACACAGAUCAUGUUUGAGACUUUCGAUGUCCCUGCCAUGUAUGUUGCCAUUCAAGCUGUUCUUUCGCUCUAUGCCAGUGGGCGUACUACGGGUAUUGUGCUAGAUUCAGGUGAUGGAGUUAGUCAUACCGUGCCAAUUUACGAAGGCUAUGCUCUUCCACAUGCCAUUCUCAGGCUUGAUCUGGCCGGACGUGAUCUUACCGAUGCUUUGAUGAAGAUCCUUACUGAGAGAGGUUACUCAUUCACCACAACCGCUGAACGAGAAAUUGUGAGAGACAUCAAGGAGAAGCUUGCCUAUGUGGCAUUGGAUUAUGAACAGGAGCUUGAAACUGCUAAAUCCAGUUCUGCGAUUGAGAAGAGCUAUGAGCUGCCUGAUGGUCAGGUGAUCACCAUUGGGGCUGAAAGAUUCCGCUGUGCGGAAGUCCUCUUUCAACCAUCACUUAUCGGAAUGGAAGCACCUGGAAUUCACGAGACGACUUAUAACUCUAUCAUGAAAUGUGAUGUUGAUAUCAGAAAGGACUUGUAUGGUAACAUUGUGCUCAGUGGUGGAUCGACGAUGUUUCCUGGAAUCGCUGAUCGCAUGAGCAAAGAGAUCACGGCCCUGGCACCAAGCAGCAUGAAAAUUAAGGUGGUAGCACCACCGGAGAGGAAGUACAGUGUCUGGAUCGGAGGUUCCAUAUUAGCUUCCCUUAGCACAUUCCAGCAGAUGUGGAUAUCAAAGGCAGAGUAUGAGGAAUCAGGGCCUGCCAUUGUUCACAGGAAAUGCUUCUAGACAAUUCCAAUACAAGCGACGCAUGGUAUAUUUGCGGUUUGUGGUUUUGGCUUGUCACGUCGUGUGUGAGUGGCGUAUUAAGGAUGCCUUUGGUUUAGCUUGGCUUGUUUUAGUUUUGUUCCUCCGUGAGACCGUGUUUAAUCAUCUUCUUUUCUGUUGUUCCUGUAUGUGUGAAGAGAAGUGCAAGUGGUGUGGUCUGUUGUGGUGUGUGUAUAUGUAAACUUUCACUGUUGCUAUUAGAUUGUAUUUCGGAUGUUGAGCUUCA